UGGUAUCUUCUUAUUUGAAAUCUGAUAUGGCUUUCACUCCAAGCUUUGCUCAGAUAAGAUCGUAAGGAGCUCGUGCAAAGUGCAAACUCUUAGGAUCCCGCGCUCCUACUCCUUCUACACUUCCAACCUCAUCCUUCUCAGAUUCGUCGGACACAGCGGCACCGCAACCAACCACGCUGCAGAUUUUAGUUUCCGCUUCACCGCUUCUGCGGAUCUGCACCUGAAACUCUCUUCUGUGCUACACUGCUACUGCUUAUUGCUCUCGUGCUCUAUAUUUACCUGUUCUUACUUGCUGAUUUAGAGGCUUCAAAUCCCAGAAUUUUAUCAAACAAAGCUUUGAGGAUAUGGGGAGCUCGGAGAAGGUUGUUGCUGUGAUCAUGGUGGGUGGACCCACCAAAGGGACCAGAUUUAGGCCUCUUUCAUUCGCCAUUCCGAAACCCCUUAUCCCUUUGGCUGGCCAGCCAAUGGUUCAUCAUCCUAUAUCAGCUUGUAAGAGGAUACCCAAUUUGGCACAAAUAUAUCUGAUUGGAUUCUAUGACGAGCGGGAAUUUGCACUAUAUGUCUCUUCGAUUUCAAAUGAGCUGAAAUUACCAGUAAGAUACUUGAAGGAGGAUAAACCACAUGGUUCAGCAGGUGGUCUUUAUUACUUUAGAGAUAUUAUCAUGGAGGACAGUCCGUCACAUAUCUUCCUCCUAAAUUGUGACGUCUGCUGCAGUUUCCCGUUAGCAUCCAUGCUUGAAGCACAUGUAAAGUAUGGUGGUAUGGGGACAAUGUUGGUAAUCAAGGUUUCGGCUGAAUUAGCCAGCGAAUUUGGGGAGUUGGUUGCGGAUCCAACAACUAAUGAAUUGCUGCAUUAUACUGAGAAGCCUGAGACUUUUGUUAGUGACUUAAUAAAUUGUGGAGUCUAUAUUUUCACGCCCGAUAUUUUUUCUGCCAUCCAAGAUGUAUCCACAAAUCGAGAAGGCAGAGCCAAUCUUCGUCGUGUCUCCAGCUUUGAAGCACUCCAAUAUGCCACAAGGAGUAUUCCUCCAGAUUUUGUAAGACUGGAUCAAGAUAUAUUGUCACCCCUAGCUGGAAAGAAGCAACUAUAUACAUAUGAGACAAAUGAUUUCUGGGAGCAAAUCAAAACUCCAGGAAUAUCCCUGAAAUGCUCAGAGUUGUAUCUUGCACAAUACCGGCAUACUUCACCGCAUCUUUUAUCCAGUGGAGAUGGUACAAGAAGUGCGACCAUUGUUGGUGAUGUAUAUAUUCAUCCAUCUGCGAAAGUUCAUCCAUCUGCAAAGAUUGGUCCCAAUGCUUCUAUCUCGGCAAAUGUUCGUGUGGGUGCUGGUGCCAGGUUAAUCAACUGUAUCAUCUUGGAUGAUGUUGAAAUUAAGGAAAAUGCAGUAGUUAUAAAUUCUAUUGUUGGAUGGAAGUCAUCAAUUGGAAGAUGGUCACGAGCGCAGGCUGAAGGUGACUACAAUAAAAAGCUUGGUAUAACCAUUCUAGGAGAAGCUGUGACAGUGGAAGAUGAGGUGGUGGUGGUUAACAGCAUUGUUCUUCCCAAUAAGACUCUUAAUGUCAGUGUACAAGAAGAAAUCAUCUUAUAAUCCAGAGAGAAAGUUUAUGUAUAAUGGACCACUAAGAAAUGCUCCAUUUGAAAUAUCAUAUCCUAUUAGAGGCUCCUGGAAUUUUUGGCUUAUAUAUUUGAAAAUUUGGCUGAGCAAGUAACAAUGUAACAUAUUAUAAAAGAAAACUGAGUGUUAUAAUUUUUGUUAAUCUUGGGUAUGCUUGUUAGUCCUAUUGGCUGAUAUGUUUGUUGUUUAAAUGAGAUGGUUUUUAAUCA